AAGGAAAAUCAUCUAUAUAUCAAUGAAAACGAUUCAUUUUCCAUCGCUCCUCGUCUCACGGAUCUUGCCUUUUCUCUCUCUUUCCUUCUUCUUCUUCUUCUCUGCUUUCUCUCUCUGCUGCACAUUCAUUCUUCUUAUAUAUAUAUAUAUAUAUAUAUAUAUAUAUAUAUAUAUAACCUCCACACCUUCUUCCCCACCCAAAUGGCCUCUUGGAAGAAGACCAUCACAACACCGUUCAAAAAAGCUUGCACCUUUUUCAACAACCAGCCGCCAAGGGAUCAAAAGAAGUCUCAACCAGACCAAGAGACCCGAGUCAUGGAUCUGCACGGGGAAGUCAUGGCAUGUGGCUACGAGGAUGUUCAAGUUAUGUGGUCUAUUCUCGACAAGUCCAAAUCCACAAACUGCAAUAUACCCUCUUCAACCUGACCCCCUUCGAUCAAAUAUGCCACUGCACCAAUUAGCUAAUCUUUUUGUAUGCUAAUGUUAAGGUCAUCAUCAUCAUCCAUCCCACUCUAGUGUAGGUGUUUUGUAAUCUGUGAUGUGUUGUAGGGAAUCCCCAUGAUUGAUGAGAAAAUCAUGGCGAGAUUGUUAUGAUGAAAUGUAGAUUAGAUUUUUUUUUCCCCUCUCUUUCUGUCUCUCUUGUUUAGUCAAUAGUCAAUGUUCAAAUUUCGAGUCAGAAAAAUAUCUUAUAGAGGACAACUGAACAUGGGACAGCGUGUCCGACUGUCAUGGUUCCUUUGUUGGCCAUCAAUUAUUGAUGAUAAGAAGAAUGAGGAUAACAUAAAAUCUUAUUCUA